GAGAAAGAGAGAGAGAGAAAGAGAGGGAGAGAAAGAGAGAAUGUGGGGAUUGCUCUAUUGGAACUUUGGGGCCAAUAGCACAGACACACUGAAUGAUCACAACCGGAGUUCUAUUUUCUACUUUAAAAAAAGCACCAGGAGUUAAAAAUGACGAACAAUUGUUAUAUCAUCAUCAAAGUUUAUUGCUUUUCUCUCACUCUCUCUGUCUCUCCCUCCACUCCUUGCUCCACGUGAGUAUGUGAAGUAGCUUUUAUGGUGGUCAGUCAGGAGUGUCUCUCUUAGUGAAUAUAAAAGCUGACUCAGCUUGUGUCUCCAUCCGCCUAUUGCCUUGUUUUGUUUUGUUUUUUUAAUUCUAAAGGGCGGCGCAUCAUGAGAGGAAGUGGAUGUCUCUCUCUCUCUCUCUCUCUUAGCACACUAUGAAUCAGAACAACAUGUCUAGGAUGGAGUGAAGCUUGCGUUACCGUCCAGGGAAGGAGUAACAGAAUGGGCUCCUGGCUCUGCCCGGUGGAACUUGGCGCUGACCUGCACUAAUGGGUUCCUGACUCUGUCCAGCGGAUGCUAAACUGUGCUGAUCUGCUCGUGUUAUGGAGUCCAGCAGAUUGGCCGUAACGUUCAGGAGAGGACAUCUCGUCAUUGACCCUGUGACUCAGUGGGCUUGUCUCUGAUAGUGGUGAAGGGGUUGACCCCUCCUCGAGUGUCAGCAAUGGUGAUUCAGGGAAUGGAAGUCUUUGCUAUUACUGUGGUGGUCUUGAUGUUUUUUUUGGUGCUCAAGCAGUUUGGAAUCUGGGAGCCUCUCUCUCUCGAAGAUGACAUCAGUGAGAGCGAGCUGGAACUGGCCACCGUCCGACACCAGCCCGAGGGACUGGACCAGCUGCAGUCCCAGACCAAGUUCACCCGCAAGGAGCUGCAGUCGCUCUACAGAGGCUUCAAAAAUGAAUGCCCAAGUGGUCUGGUGGAUGAAGAAACCUUCAAGAUGAUAUAUUCCCAGUUCUUCCCACAAGGAGAUGCCACCACAUACGCACACUUCCUCUUCAAUGCAUUUGAUACAGACCGAAGCGGCUCCAUACGCUUUGAGGACUUUGUAAUAGGUCUCUCAGUGCUUCUAAGAGGCUCAGUGAAUGAGAAGCUGCGAUGGGCCUUCAACCUUUAUGACAUCAACAAGGAUGGCUACAUCACCAAAGAGGAGAUGCUGGCCAUUAUGAAGUCCAUAUAUGAUAUGAUGGGAAGAUACACGACCCCCAGCGUCAAAGAGGAUGCCCCGUUUGUGCAUGUCGAGAAGUUCUUCCAGAAAAUGGACAAGAACAAAGAUGGAGUCGUCACCUUUGAUGAAUUUAUAGAGACAUGUCAGAAGGAUGAGAACAUCAUGUGUUCUAUGCAGCUGUUUGAGAACGUCAUCUGAAGCUCGACGUUCUGCGUUCUUCAUUCUGUGUUCCUACUCCUGCACUCUGCGUCUGGACCCAGGCGCUCCAUGGGACUUUCACCACCAGGAGGAGCUGUUGUCUCUAUGAAAAGAGAUGGGAGGAAAGCCGACGCUAAAGACUUAUUAAUAAAACACAGGAGUGAUGCUUGGAUUGCUAACAUCACUCACACUGUGGACUGACAUGAAAGACUUAACUCUGCAGUCGUUUGCAUGCUUGCCUAAAGUUCUUAGGGAGUUUUUCGCUAAUGUGUAAACUCCACUCCUCUGCAGCCUCACAGAUGACACAUGCACUACUUCCUUUUUGAAGCACUUAACAUGACCUUUCGAGCUAAAUGACCAUGAUGACCACUGCAUUGGUACUUUUGUUUUGUUAGUGGUGUUUGAUUUUUGUUGCAUGAUAUUCAUUGUCACUGUUGAACAGUAGCCAUGUCUACUGUGAGAGGUCCCAGAUUAACUUAUUUUUUCCAUGUUAUUCAUAUUUUAAUGUAUUUUUUAACAUAUUACACUUAAAUGCAUGAUUUUGUCUUUGGAAGAUUCUGGCAAGUUUUGUGUUCUCUUUGAAAUGAGAGCAAAUGAAUAAGACCUGUGUAUUAAAGUACACAUUAAAGUACAUAUUAAAGUGUAUUAA